AUGCAACAGCGCGGCUUCACAAACCCAGCUCCCAAGACAGAUUCUGCCCGCUCCGCCCUCAGCUCAUUCACAUGCACGUUAUGCAACAAAUCCUACUCGCGCCACCCAGAAUACGAAGCGCACAUCGGCUCGUAUGACCAUCAACACCGAAAACGACUACAGGACCUAAAACAACUCUCACGGGACCCCAAUGCAGCUGAAAGAGCUCGAAAAGCCGAAAGGAAAGCGGAUGCAGAAGCGGGACUGGUGCGGGUGAAUAAUAAUAACAACAAUAACAAUUCCUCUAAUGCGACGGCGACAAGUAGUACCGGUGCGUCCGGGGGUGGGUUUAAGAAGGGAGGAUUUAAAAGCUCGUUUACUGCCGUGAAGGGCCCUGCUGCUGUAACGCCAUCAGUCAAGAAGAAUGUUCUCAGGGACGACGACGAUGAUGACAACGACGGCAAUGACGGUGUGUCUAAUUUUAGAGCGUCUACGACGUCUGGUCAGCACUCAACAAAGGCGGGGGCGGGGGCAAAGCUACCACAUAAAGAUACUCGUUUAGUCAAUGAUGGUGAAAGUGAUACGGAUGAUGAUUAUGGGAACGAUGAUAAUACCGGGGAGGCUUAUUAUAGUCCGUUGAAGCCAACGGGUUGUUUUCCCGGGUGUGAGGGAGCGAAAGCUGUUCCGGCAACAUCAUGA